AUGUCGUUUCUGCUUACAGUGUACGAUGCCUCGAAUACAGAAAAAUACAUAACGCGGAUCAAUUUAUUAUACGCAAUAUAUCCAUCUCACAACUUGUCUACAUUGUCUGGAAAGCUGCCCGUAAAGGUGUACUUACCACCAACGAAUAAAUGUCUCGCUGGUGAUAAGAUAGAUGAUAAUAGCAAACGACUUUUUGUGUCAUGUCUACGACCAUACCACGUUGAAAGCACGACAUCUCGUCCGAUCUGUCAAGUUAAGCAACGUUGGUCCUGGUUAGUACUGGGAUCGGAGACGGCCUAG